AUGUCAACGACAGAAAAAACUUACGAAAAUAAGAAGGAUUUCCCAGAUGAUGAGAAUGAGAAGCAUUAUAAACUCGACUCUACUGAGACCCUGACUGAAAAGGCUCCCUUCACAAUAUUUCGUAAUAACGAAAGAGUUUUAUUAAUCAUUGUUUUAGCAUUAUCAGGAUUCUGGAGUGCUACAUCCAGUCCAAUUUAUUUCCCUGCUUUGCCUACAGUUAAAUCAUAUUUUAAUAUCGAUGAAGGUACUACUAAUUUAUCAGUUUUAUCAUAUUUGAUAUUCCAAGGUAUCUUUCCUACAAUUUCGUCAAAUCUUGCAGAUACAUUCGGAAGAAGACCAGUCAUCUUAACCAGUUUACUAGUUUUCAUUGCAUCCUGUAUUGCUAUCUCUCAAACAACUUCAAUAUAUGUACUUAUUGCUUUAAGAUGUAUACAAGCUGCUGGUAUAGCUCCUGUAUUUUCCAUUAGUUCUGGAGUUGCUGGUGACGUAUGUACUACUUCCAACCUUGGAGGGAUGGUGGCUAUGGUUUCGGGUUUACAAUUGGUUGGGAAUGGUGUUGGUGGUUUACUUGGAGCUAUAAUCAUCAGUCUGUUUAAUACUUGGAGAGCAAUAUUUAUAUUUUUAGCAAUUGGAGGCGGUGUUACAUUUAUUUUGGCGUUUUUCUUAUUGCCAGAAACAUCAAGAAGAAUUGUUGGUAAUGGAUCAGUGGUCCCAAAACACUAUGUUAACCGUGCUCCUUUGAUCUAUUUCCCAUGUUUCAAAGAUAGGUUGAAUAAUGAUACAACUACCUUAUCUGACAAGGCUGCAUUUGAUAUCUUUGGUCCUUUCAGGAUCUUUUUCAAACCAAUUGUGUUUUUCACAUUAUUACCCCUGGGAAUUCAUUUUGCUGCUUGGACAAUGGUUUUGACAUCCCUUUCUACCGAAUUAGAAUCAUCUAAAUACAAUUUUACUACCAUGCAAGUUGGUCUUGUCUACUUACCUCAAGGUGUUGCUUGUACUUUAGGAUCACUUGUUAUUGGAAGAGUCUUAAAUGGAUACUACAGAUACAGAAAGAGAAACUACGACAUGCAAUAUAAAGAUGUCCCAUACACUGAAAGACCACAUUUUAACAUUGUCACAGCAAGACUUUAUCCAUGUAUUGUUCCCUCCAUCUUAUUGUUCUGUGGUCUUAUUAUUUUUGGAUGGUGCAUUCAAUUCCUGCAACAUCUUUCAUCCAUUAUUAUUUCCACUUGUUUAAUUUCCUUAUCUUCCUCAAUUACAAUGUCAAUCUCAGCAACUUUGUUAGUAGAUUUGUUUCCAGCUAAAGGAAGUGCACUGGCUAGUUGUGUGAAUUUGAUGAGAUGCUUAUUGGCUGCUGCAGGUACUGGUUUACUCGAGAAGAUGGUCGGUGUUAUGAAUUUAGGUGGGACGUACUCUUUGAUUGCGGGAGUUUCCUUGAUUUCAAGUUUGGGAUUCGUUUACGUCGUUUAUUUGUCCAAGAAGAUGAUUAAGGAGGAUGACCUGUCAGAGUCUUCUGAUGUAAUUUCAGAAACAAAAUAG